CGUGCGCAGGCGUGGAACCGUUGCCUGGGGAGCGGUUGCGGGGGUGCCCAGCGGUUUGCUGCACGGUGGGUUGGCCAGCCUGACAUCCUGGCGACCGCCCCGCACCGAGAAAGUGUUCCGGGCGCCCGCUGCUCCAUGGCUGCGUCAGCCCGAGGCUCCAUCGACGUGAGUCUGGUGGUAGUAGUCCAUGGUGGCGGAGCCAGCAACAUCUCGGCCGACCGGAAAGAGCGGGUGCGUGAGGGCAUAGCCAGAGCAGCUACCGAGGGCUACAACAUCCUCAAGGCCGGAGGGAGCGCGGUUGAUGCUGUGGAAGGAGCCGUGACUGUCCUGGAAGACGACCCGGAGUUCAACGCAGGUUGUGGGUCUGUCCUGAAUGCAAAAGGUGACGUUGAGAUGGAUGCUAGUAUCAUGGAUGGGAGGGACCUGUCUGCAGGAGCAGUGUCUGCCGUGCGCUGUAUCGCAAAUCCCACUAAGCUUGCACGGCUUGUUAUGGAAAAGACACCUCAUUGCUUUCUGACUGGCCAUGGUGCAGAGAAAUUUGCAGCAGACAUGGGGAUUCCAGAGAUUCCUGUAGAAAAACUGAUAACGGAGAGAAGCAAGAAGCACCUGGAGAAAGAGAAGCUUGAGAAGGGGGCCCACAAAGCUGACUGCCCUAAAAACUCAGGAACGGUGGGUGCUGUUGCCUUGGACUGCAAAGGAAAUUUGGCUUAUGCCACCUCUACUGGAGGGAUUGUCAAUAAAAUGGUCGGCAGAGUUGGAGACUCACCUUGCAUAGGAGCUGGAGGUUACGCAGACAAUAAUGUUGGCGCUGUCUCAACCACAGGACAUGGAGAAAGUAUCCUGAAGGUGAAUCUGGCCAGACUCGCCCUCUUUCAUGUAGAACAAGGAAAGACCGUAGAUGCGGCUGCUGAGUUGGCAUUGAAUUAUAUGAAGUCAAAGCUCAAAGGUCUAGGUGGCCUCAUCUUGGUGAGCAAAACAGGAGACUGGGUAGCGAAGUGGACCUCUGCCACCAUGCCCUGGGCAGCGGUGAAGAAUGGCAAGCUGCAGGCCGGCAUUGACCUUUGUGACACCAAGACCAUGGACCUGCACUAAACCCCAGAAGAUUGUAAUCUCUUCCUAGCCUGGAAGUGAGGUUGAGCUGCCUGGUGUGGAGACCUGGCUUAAUCAAUUAGAUGCAGACAUGGAAACCUUA